AUGUUCUUUGCCACCUUUAAGCGGCUUACUCAGAAGGAUUUUGACGCAUGGGGCUACCACAUUCACUGGCCUCAAAAUGAAAUUCUGUCUCCCCUCACCGGAAAGGUCAACUUUGUUGUUGAAGAUAUCAAAUUCGCUAGCAAUGCAUGGAGUCUACUGCGACUUGCCAUGUUUUUUGGUGUAAAGCACCCCAAAGUAUUGAGCAACAUGACCAAGACAACGCCGUCGAUGGACAUUAUGCGGUCUGCUAAUCGCUUGUUCUUUAUGCACUCUCGUGUUAACGCUAAUCUGAAUAAGACCAAAGUCAAGAUUGCUCUCACACCUACCCAUCCUUGUGCAUUCCCAGUUCAAGAACUCGCCUGGAAUAAACACCGACAUUUCUCUGGGCGCCAGUCAGCCGGUGUCGAGCUGGUUCUGGGAAUGGAAAACGGACUCUCACAAAAGGUCGUGGAGGAGUGUGACCUUUGCAUGUACAUUCCCCAGUAUGGCUCUAUCGGCUCACUCUCCAUGAUCUCUGCUCUCGCCAUAGCGGCCCAUUCAACAUGGCGUGAAGCUGUGCAGGAAGAGAGCAACACUUCUCAUAUCAGCAUUGCGCCCCAACGCGCCUCCCAUGGCCACAAGCCACUAUCGAAUAGCCCACAUCGAGUGCAGCACUCGCUUCCGCAUGAGAUGGACUUACUAGGUUUCAGUAACGCGGCGAUCAAAGCCAUACUCAAGGAAAGGCGCCAGAGCUACGACCUCCAGCUGAGUGUGCUCAUGUAUAACGAACUUGGAGACCGCAACAUCGGUGCCGUCAUCAGGAAUGCCAAUGUGUUCAACUGUGAGUAUGUAGCUGUCGUGAAUCGAAGGCGGUUCAACAGACGUGGUGCUCUUGGUACACAGAAGGUCCUCGAUGUUCACUUCUUUGCAACUGUAGACGAAGAUGCAGCCCGAGGACUUUUCGAGGGCUACGAAGUGUGGCUUUUGUAUCCAUACUACCCAAACCUUCUCAUUUACGAAGCUGGGAGAAAGGAAGACGCCGCCUACAAUUUAUUAACCUUCCUGCGACACGAGGACCCGGUGCUACAGGCGUGGGGCGCCACCCAGCACCAGCUCACCAGCGAGCAUCCACUUGUAGUGCGUUACCCUCACCUUUGUCAACAGGUAGUCUUUCUAGAUGACGACAGGUCCCUUGCCUCCUGUGUGCAAGAUGUAAAGCGCAGAAAGCUUCGUGGUAUUCUGCUGGCCGUGCCCGAGGAGGGAUGCUCCCCUCACCCGUGUUUGUGCAAGCUCAGCCAUCGGGUGGUGUAUGUCACAAGUCCGUCACACCUCCCUCACCAGACACAGCGUGGACUGAACCCAGCGCUUUCCACCGCGAUUGCACUUGAGCGAUUACGAUGCGCCACUGAGGGACUCUGA